AUGGGCUACACACCUCUACACGUGGGCUGUCACUAUGGAAACAUCAAGAUAGUUAAUUUCCUGCUCCAACAUUCUGCCAAAGUUAACGCCAAAACAAAGAAUGGGUACACACCUCUACACCAGGCGGCCCAGCAGGGCCACACGCAUAUAAUAAACGUCCUACUGCAGAACAAUGCCUCCCCCAACGAGCUCACUGUGAAUGGGAACACAGCACUGGCUAUCGCCCGGCGCCUUGGCUACAUCUCAGUGGUUGACACACUGAAGGUCGUGACGGAGGAGACCAUCACCACAACUACUGUCACAGAGAAGCACAAAAUGAACGUUCCGGAAACGAUGAAUGAGGUUCUCGAUAUGUCUGAUGAUGAAGGUGAAGAUGCCAUCACAGGGGACACUGACAAGUAUCUGGGGCCACAGGACCUUAAGGAACUGGGCGAUGAUUCGCUGCCUGCGGAGGGCUACGUGGGCUUCAGUCUUGGUGCCCGCUCUGCCAGCCUCCGCUCCUUCAGUUCGGAUAGGUCCUACACCUUGAACAGAAGCUCCUACGCUCGGGACAGCAUGAUGAUCGAGGAACUUCUUGUGCCGUCCAAAGAGCAGCGAGUCCCUCACAUCCCACAGAGGGGAACUCGGGAGGCCCUAGAAAAGCAUCUAACGUUCACGAGGGAGUUUGACUCAGAUUCCCUCAGACAUUACAGUUGGGCAGCAGAUACCUUAGACAACGUGAAUCUUGUCUCGAGCCCUGUUCACUCUGGGUUUCUGGUUAGCUUCAUGGUGGAUGCCAGAGGGGGUUCCAUGAGAGGAAGCCGCCACCAUGGGAUGCGAAUCAUCAUCCCCCCACGCAAGUGUACGGCCCCCACCCGCAUCACCUGCCGCUUGGUAAAGAGACAUAAACUGGCCAACCCACCCCCUAUGGUGGAAGGAGAGGGAUUAGCCAGUAGGCUAGUAGAAAUGGGUCCUGCAGGGGCACAAUUCUUAGGCCCCGUCAUAGUGGAAAUCCCUCACUUUGGGUCCAUGAGAGGAAAGGAGAGAGAACUCAUUGUUCUUCGAAGUGAAAAUGGAGAGACCUGGAAGGAGCAUCAGUUUGACAGCAGAAACGAAGACUUGACAGAGUUACUGAAUGGCAUGGAGGAAGAACUUGACAGCCCAGAAGAGCUAGGGGCAAAGCGUAUCUGCAGGAUCAUCACAAAGGACUUCCCCCAGUAUUUUGCAGUGGUUUCUCGGAUUAAGCAGGAAAGCAACCAGAUUGGUCCUGAAGGUGGGAUUCUCAGCAGCACGACUGUGCCCCUGGUCCAGGCGUCUUUCCCAGAGGGUGCCUUAACCAAAAGGAUCCGAGUGGGUCUCCAGGCCCAGCCUGUUCCAGAUGAAAUUGUGAAAAAGAUCCUUGGAAACAAAGCAACAUUUAGCCCAAUUGUCACUGUGGAACCAAGGAGGAGGAAAUUCCAUAAACCCAUCACCAUGACCAUUCCGGUGCCCCCGCCCUCAGGAGAAGGCGUAGCCAAUGGGUACAAGGGGGACACCACGCCCAACCUGCGCCUGCUCUGCAGCAUCACAGGGGGCACCUCGCCUGCACAGUGGGAAGACAUCACAGGAACCACUCCGCUGACCUUCAUAAAGGACUGCGUCUCUUUCACCACCAACGUCUCAGCCAGAUUCUGGCUUGCAGACUGUCACCAGGUUUUAGAAACAGUAGGGUUAGCCUCACAACUGUACAGAGAGUUGAUAUGUGUUCCGUACAUGGCCAAGUUCGUUGUUUUUGCCAAAACGAAUGAUCCGGUGGAGUCGUCCCUGCGGUGCUUCUGCAUGACAGACGACAGGGUGGACAAGACCCUCGAGCAGCAGGAGAAUUUCGAGGAAGUUGCCAGAAGCAAAGAUAUUGAGGUCCUCGAAGGAAAGCCUAUUUAUGUUGAUUGUUAUGGAAACCUCGCCCCACUUACCAAAGGAGGACAGCAACUUGUUUUUAACUUUUAUGCUUUCAAAGAAAAUAGACUGCCAUUUUCCAUCAAGGUUAGAGACAGCAGCCAGGAGCCCUGUGGUCGUCUGUCUUUUCUGAAAGAACCGAAGACAACGAAAGGACUGCCUCAAGCAGCCGUUUGCAACUUAAAUAUCACUCUGCCGGCACACAAAAAGGAGACAGAGUCAGAUCAAGAUGACGAGGCUGAGAAGGCGGAUCGAAGACAGAGCUUUGCAUCUUUAGCCUUACGUAAGCGCUACAGCUACCUGACUGAGCCUGGCACAAAAACAGUUGAACGGAGUUCAGGAGCAACAAGAUCCCUUCCCAUCUCUUACUCGUACAAACCACUCUUUUCUACGAGACCAUACCAGCCCUGGACAACAGCUCCGAUGACAGUGCCUGGGCCGGCCAAGUCUGGCUUCACCUCCCUAUCCAGCUCUUCCUCUAAUACACCAUCAGCUUCUCCAUUAAAAUCGAUCUGGUCUGUUUCGACUCCUUCUCCAAUCAAAUCCACCUUAGGCGCUUCGACCCCCUCUUCAGUUAAAUCCAUUAGUGACGUGGCUUCUCCGAUUAGAUCUUUUCGGACAAUUUCUUCACCGAUAAAAACAGUGGUGUCACCAUCUCCAUACAAUAUCCAAGUUGCCUCUGGUCCCCUGGGGAGAGGUCCCCCAGUCACAGAGGCCACUCCCUUAAAAGGGCUGGCACCCAACUCAACAUUUUCCUCUCGAACUUCUCCAGUGACCACAGCAGGGUCUCUUUUGGAGAGGUCAUCCAUUACUAUGACACCCCCUGCUUCCCCCAAAUCAAACAUUAAUAUGUAUUCCUCAAGUUUGCCAUUUAAGUCAAUUAUCACAUCAACAGCAACGCUGAUCUCUUCACCUUUAAAGUCAGUGGUGUCUCCAGCAAAGUCCACAGCCGAUGUCAUCUUGUCAGCUAACGUUACGAUGGCAUCGGCUCUCUCGUCCCCCUUGAAACAGAUGCCCGGACACUCAGAGGUAGCGCUAGUCAAUGGGCCCAUUUCCCCUUCCAAGUACCCUUUGUCUUCAACUUUCAUUAACGGGUGCAAAGCCGCUACCACGUUACAGGACAAAAUUUCCACAGCCACCAACGCUGUGAGCUCGGUGGUGAGUGUGGCCACUGACACGGCAGAGAAAACAUUUUCUGCCACGACAGCCGUGCCCUUUUCCCCUCUCAGGUCGUAUGCAUCUGCAACGCCCUCAGCCUUUCAGGCUCUAAGAACUUCUGCACGUGCAGCCUACACCUCCCUUGGGUCUUCAAUCUCUGCAACUACCUCAUCUGUAACCUCAUCCAUAAUCACAGUGCCAGUAUACUCUGUAGUCAAUGUUUUGCCAGAACCAGCCCUGAAGAAGCUUCCAGACUCUAAUUCACUCACGAAGUCCGCAGCAGCUUUGCUGUCGCCCAUGAAAACAUUGACUAUGGAGACCCGUCCUCAGCCCCACUUCAAUCGAACUUCCUCUCCAGUUAAGUCAUCUUUGUUCCUCGCACCCUCAGCCCUCAAGCUGUCUGCACCAUCUUCUUUAUCUUCCAGUCAGGAGAUCUUAAAGGAUGUGGCUGAAAUGAAGGAGGACCUUAUGCGCAUGACCGCCAUCCUGCAGACGGAGGUGCCCGAGGAAAAGCCAUUCCAACCUGACCUCCCCAAAGAAGGGAGAAUCGAUGAUGAAGAACCUUUCAAAAUUGUUGAGAAAGUGAAGGAAGACUUGGUAAAAGUCAGUGAGAUCCUCCAAAAGGAUGUGUGUGUCGGUAACAGAGGCCCACCCAAAUCCCCAAAGAGUGACAAAGGACAGUCUCCAGAGGACGACUGGAUAGAGUUCAGUUCUGAAGAAAUAAGAGAAGCCAGGCAGGCCGCUGCCAGCCAUACCCCGGCCCUGCCCGAGAGAUCGCAGGGCAAGGUCAAGGCUGCCUCCGAGAAGGAGUACAACCUGUCCAAAGUCAUCGACUACCUGACCAACGACAUUGGGAGCAGUUCGUUGACCAACUUAAAGUACAAGUUCGAGGAUGCGAAGAAGGAUGGAGAGGAGAGACAGAAGAGGGUUUUAAAGCCAGCCAUGGCCUUGCAGGAUCACAAGCUCAAAAUGCCGCCAGCCUCCAUGAGGCCCUCGACCUCAGAGAAGGAAUUGUGCAAGAUGGCUGACUCUUUUUCUGGAACAGAUACUAUUUUAGAGUCUCCCGAUGACUUUUCUCAACAUGACCAAGAUAAAAGUCCCUUGUCUGAUAGUGGCUUUGAAACCAGAAGCGAGAAAACGCCUUCGGCCCCACAAAGUGCUGAGAGCACUGGUCCCAAGCCGCUUUUUCACGAAGCCCCCAUCCCUCCCGUUAUCACAGAAACGAGAACUGAAGUGGUUCACGUGAUCAGAAGCUACGAGCCCUCCACUGGGGACGUGCCUCAGUCCCAGCCGGAGGAGCCCGUGUCCCCCAAGCCUUCACCUACAUUUAUGGAGUUGGAGCCGAAGCCCACCACCUCUAGCAUUAAGGAAAAAGUGAAAGCAUUUCAAAUGAAAGCCAGUACUGAGGAGGAGGACCACAGUCGGAUCUUGAGCAAAGGCAUGCGUGUAAAAGAAGAAACUCACAUCACUACGACCACCAGGAUGGUGUAUCAUUCCCCACCAGGCAGCGAGGGUGCCUCCGAAAGGAUUGAAGAGACCAUGUCGGUCCACGACAUCAUGAAGGCCUUCCAGUCUGGACGAGACCCUUCCAAAGAGCUGGCGGGGCUGUUUGAACACAAGUCGGCCAUGCCUCCUGACGUUGCCAAGCCUGCGGCUGAGACCUCAGCCCAGCACGCAGAGAAGGACAACCAAACGAAACCCAAACUGCAGCGUAUAAUAGAAGUCCACAUAGAAAAAGGUAACCAAGCUGAACCCACUGAAGUCAUUAUUAGAGAGACCAAAAAGCAUCCCGAGAAGGAAAUGUAUGUGUAUCAGAGAGACGUAUCCCGGGGAGAUGUUAACCUAAAAGAUUUUCUGCCAGAGAAACACGACGCUUUGCGUUGCCCAGAGGAGCAGGGUCAGCAAGAAGAAGAGGAGGAGUCCUUGCCUUCUUACCUGGAGUCUUCCAGAGUAAACACUCCAGUGUCCCAAGAAGAAGAUAGCCGGCCCAGUUCCGCACAACUCCUGUCUGAUGACUCUUAUAAAACGCUGAAACUUCUGAGUCAGCACUCCAUAGAUUACCAUGACGAUGACUUGUCAGAGCUAAGAGGGGAGUCUUACAGGUUUGCUGAGAAAAUGCUUCUGUCAGAAAAGCUAGAUGUGUCUCACUCUGAUACUGAGGAAUCGGUGACAGACCAUGCAGGACCCCCUAGCUCAGAGUUACAGGGGUCUGAUAAGUGGUCCAGAGAAAAAGUAGCCACUGCCCCCCACAAAGAAAUUCUCUCCAAAAUCUAUAAAGAUGUAUCUGAAAAUGGUAUAGGUAAAAUGUCUAAGGAUGAGCGUUUUGACAAAGUCACAGUGUCGCACUAUUCGGGCAGUGUUAGCAGUCCCAAACAUGCCAUGUGGAUGCACUUGACUGAGGACAGACUAGACAGAGGUAGAGAGAAGUUGAUAUAUGAAGAUAGGGUGGACAGGACUGUGAAGGAGGCCGAAGAAAAACUGACUGAAGUGUCCCAGUUUUUUCGUGACAAAACGGAGAAGCUGAACGAUGAGUUGCAGUCCCCAGAGAAAAAGCCACGCCCCAAAAACGGCAAAGAGUACUCUUCCCCGAGCUCCGCCAGUAGCAGUCCUGAGAAGGUGUUAACCGAACUGUUGGCAUCAAAUGACGAAUGGGUUAAGUCCAGGCAGCGUGGCCCAGAUGGACAAGGCGUCCCUCAGGCCGAGGACAGGAAGGCACGUAGUCGGCCCGGCAGCCCGGAGACCAGGGUCCCUUCCCAACAGAGUGAGGAUGGCCAGCCCACAGAGGAAGCCAAAGGAACUGUCAGUGCUCAGAGCAAGGGACCAGAGGGGCCCCAGUCUGGAUUUCAGCUCCAACAAUCUAAACUCAGUUCCAUUAGAUUAAAAUUUGAACAAGGCACACAUGCCAAGAGUAAGGGUCCAUCUCAAGAAGAGAAAAAGGCGGACGGCCCAUCCAGAAUCCCAGUUAAAAAAACACAGGAAAACAAGCUGCCCAUACAUCAAAGUGUCACUAGAGAGAAACAGCUGAAGGCUGUAGACCUCCCAGAGGAAGGUGUGUCGGAGCGAAACGAUGUGGUGGCGUUAAAAGCUAAAGAUGAGCAUGCUCAAAGCCAUGAGGUGGCUGUAAGUGAGUCUGGCUCUGACGAGGCAAAAAGACCCAGAACUGAAGUGUCAAGUAAGGCCAUACCUGACUAUUUUCAUGAGCAACAGGCUAAAGACUCAGCCUGUCCCAUAACAUCAGAUUUAGUGUCCAAGGGACUAUGGGACAAAAAGGUCUUUAGAACAUGGGAAAGUUCUGGGGCCACUAACCAUAAGUCUCAGAAAGAGAAACUUUCACACGUACUUGUUCACGAUGUAAGAGAGAAUCACGUUGGUCACCCUGACAGGAGUGUUGACCCAAAGAAUGAAUUUAUGUGUGUGACUGAGAGAGAGCACAAAUUGCUAACCAAUGGCUCUCUCUCAGAGAUUAAAGAAAUGACUGUAAAAUCUCCCUCCAAGAAAGUCUUAUACAGGGAGUACGUUGUUAAAGAUGGGGAGCGUCCGGGCAGCACUCUGGACCAGCCUCCCAGGAGAAUGGAGAGCUCAGAGACGUCUCACAUCCCCGUCAGGGUCGCUGACGAGAGGAGGAUGCUGUCUUCUAAUAUUCCUGAUGGGUUUUGUGAGCGGUCGACAUUUCCAAAACAUGAACUAUCACAAAAAGUGUCCCAGUCAAGUAUAAGUAAAGAGACAGUUGAGACCCAGCAUUUUAAUUCCAUAGAUGAUGAAAAGGUUACCUAUUCAGAAAUCAGCAGAGUUUCCAGACAUCAGAGUUAUGUAGGCUUAUGCCCAGCUCUCGAUGAAACGGAGACCUCCCCCACCAAAUCUCCCGAUUCUUUAGAGUUUAGUCCAGGAAAGGACUCUCCCUCUAGUGAUGUAUUCGACCACAGUGGGUUGGAGAAGCUCGCACCCAUAGCCCAGAUGGAGGGAGGGAAAGAGAUCAAAACCUUACCUGUUUAUGUCAGCUUUGUACACAUGGGAAAACAGUAUGAGAAGGAAGUAAAGCAAGGAAGUGUGAAAAAAACCGUAAGUCAGGAAUGUAAGACAGUGCAAGAAACCAGGGGGACCAUCUAUACAGCCAGACAGCAGAAGCAGCCCCCUUCUCCCCAGGGCAGUCCGGAGGACGAUACCCUAGAACAAGUGUCCUUUCUAGAUAGCUCUGGGAAGAGCCCUUUGACCCCAGAAACUCCCAGUUCUGAGGAAGUAAGCUACGAGUUUACGUCUAAGACACCAGACUCUCUCAUAGCUUACAUACCAGGCAAACCCAGCCCGAUUCCAGAGGUUUCUGAGGAAUCGGAGGAGGAGGAGCAAGCCAUCUCAACCUCCGUAAAGCAGGUGACCUUGGAGCAAGCCGCUGACCGGGGAACGGAUAAUGAUGUGAGCAGAGACUCUGUCCAAAGACCCAAAAGUAACCGAGUUGCCUAUAUAGAGUUCCCCCCUCCUCCCCCCCUGGAUGCCGACCAACUGGAAUCAGAUAAGAAGCAUCAGUACCUCCCCGAGAGGGAGGUUGACAUGAUUGAGGUCAGCCUCCAGGAUGAGUCUGACAAGUACCAGCUGGCCGAGCCUGUCAUCCGAGUCCAGCCUCCAUCACCCGUCCCUCCCGGUGCAGAGGCCAGUGACUCCAGUGAUGAGGAAUCUAUGUACCACCCGGUCCCGGUUAAAAAGUACACUUUCAAAUUAAAGGAAGUCGACGAAGGACAGAAGGAUGUAGCCAAAUCCAACACUGCUGCCACGAAGCCUCCACACCAGAAAGAAGCAGACGGUAGCGGGAAGGAGAGCGAAUGUGGCCUUGGCCUUGACUCACCUCAGAACGAAACGGCCCAGAACGGGAACAAUGACCAGUCCAUCACCGAGUGCUCCAUUGCCACCACGGCCGAGUUUUCUCAUGACACAGACGCCACUGAGAUCGACUCUCUGGACGGCUAUGACCUGCAAGAUGAAGAUGACGGCCUGACCGAGAGCGACUCCAAGCUCCCGAGUCAAACCGUGGACACGAAGAAGGACGUGUGGACCGAGGGCAUCGUGAAGCCGGCAGAUCGUCCUUUCAGCCAGACAAAACUAGAAGUGAUCGAGGAGGAGGGAAAGGUGGGCCUGGAUGAAGAUAAGCCAUCCUCUAAAAGUUCUUCAUCUGAGAGAGCCCUAGAGAAGGUGGACCCCAAGUCAGGGGCCCAGUUUUUCACCCUGGAAGGCAGACACCCGGACAGAUCCGUGUUCCCGGACACCUACUUCAGCUACAAAGUAGAUGAAGAAUUCGCCACCCCUUUCAAAACAGUAGCGACCAAAGGUCUGGAUUUUGACCCUUGGUCUAACAGCCGAGGGGACGAUGAAGUUUUUGAUGCUAAAUCUCGGGAAGAUGACGCUAAGCAGUUUGGUCUGGCAGUGGACGACCGCUCUCCAGCCACCACCCCUGACACAACGCCAGCCAGAACACCAACCGACGAAAGUACCCCAACUAGUGAGCCUAACCCCUUCCCGUUUCACGAAGGGAAAAUGUUUGAGAUGACCCGCAGUGGUGCGAUUGACAUGAGCAAGAGGGAUUUUGUGGAAGAGAGGCUCCAAUUUUUCCAGAUUGGUGAGCAUACCUCUGGAGGGAAGUCAGGGGACCAGGGGGAAGGGGCUAACAGUACGGUCACUGCCACCCCACAGCCACAGUCAGGGGACACCACUGUAGACACCGAUCUAGAGAGAGAUGUAGAGGCACCUACAGCCGAACCCAGCCCCAGCAUCCCGACCAGCGGACAGUGUCAGGAAGGUACAGCCCGCAGUGGCUCUUUGGAGAAGCCAGCGGCAGCCGCUAACACCUCAAAAGUUGACCCCAAGUUGCGCACGCCUAUAAAAAUGGGAAUUUCCGCAUCCACCAUGACCAUGAAGAAAGAAGGCCCUGGAGAAGUGACAGAUAAGGUAGAGGCUGUGGUGACCAGGUGUCAGGGCUUAGACAAUGAAGUCGCGACAGUGAUGUCAAGCACAGCCAAUAGCCAGGUGGGCCUUAGGCCUCAAGACAAACACGAUUUUCAAAAAGAUAAUUUUAAUAACAACAAUAAUUUGGAUCCUUCCACUUUGCAGACAGAUAACAUUACCAGUCAUGUAGUUCUGACAGACCAUGCGGCACCCACUUGUGCCACAGAGAAAGCCUCCUCAGGAAAAAAGACAGGGUUACUGCAAGGACACUGCACCAGAGAUAAACAGAAAGCUCUUGGCGAGCAGCCCAAGACGGAGGAAUCCGUAGGGGUUAGGCGGAAAUCCAAGCUUCCCGUAAAGGCCACUUCACCAAGAGAUACCUUCCCGCCAAACCAUAAGCCAGAGAGUAUAGCGGGUAGACUGAGGCAGGUUAGUCAGUCUGAGAGAACCAAAGCCCUCCCUCCUGUUCCAUGUGUAGAGGCCAGGUCCCGAAUUCCAGUCAAGAACACACACAGGGAAAACCUAGUUUCAGUCAGAAAAGCCUGUGCCACGCAAAAGCGAGGGCACCCCGAGAAAGGCAAGGCCAAACAGCCUCCAUCCAAGUUGCCAGUAAAGGUAAGAGCCACCUGUGUCACCUCCACCGCCACCAGCCGCAGGAGCAGCACAGCUAAAGUUAGAGAGAGUCAGCUUAAGGAGGUAUGUAAACACCCCAUUGAAUAUUUUAAGGGAAUUAGUGGUGAGACCCUAAAGCUUGUGGACCGUCUCACUGAAGACGACGGGAAGAUGCAGCCGGAGUUGUCCGAUGAGGAAGAAAGUCCGUCAAGAAACACGUCGUUGUCCGAGACUUCCCGGGGUGGCCAGCCUUCAGUGACCACGAAGUCUGCUAGAGAUAAGAAAACAGAGGCAGCAACUUUAAAAUCAAAGAGUGGAAAGGCCGGCAGUGAGAGGAGGAACAGUAGGCGGACUGGUCCACAGAGUCCUUGUGAGCGGACAGAUAUCAGGAUGGCAAUAGUAGCCGACCACUUGGGACUUAGCUGGACAGAGCUGGCAAGGGAACUGAGCUUUUCAGUGGAUGAAAUCAAUCAAAUACGUGUGGAAAAUCCAAAUUCUUUAAUUUCUCAAAGCUUCAUGUUAUUAAAAAAGUGGGUUACCAGAGACGGAAAAAAUGCUACAACUGAUGCCUUAACUUCGGUUUUGACAAAAAUUAAUCGAAUAGACAUAGUGACUCUGCUAGAAGGACCAAUAUUUGAUUACGGGAAUAUUUCAGGCACCAGAAGUUUUGCAGAUGAAAACAGUGUUUUCCAUGACCCAGUUGAUGGUUGGCAGAAUGAGACAUCAAGUGGAAACCUAGAGUCCCUGGCUCAAGCUCGAAGAGUAACUGGUGGAUUACUAGACCGCCCAGAUGACAGCCCUGACCAGGGAGGGGACUCUGUUACCUCGUACCUCCGAGGAGAGCUGGGGAAAUUCGAAGCAAACGGAAGCCACGUAGAAGUGAGUCCAGGAGCGAUGACCAAGCCCUGCUGCCCAGAGUCCCAGAAUGACCGCGGGAAACCGAGCGCCAAGGAGAACAUGAAACCAAACACGCACCCGUCGGGCCGCGCCGAGGAGGCGCCACACCUCGCAGCCCAUCAGAAACCUCCAGAAGAAACCAGCAAGCUUGUGCUAGAAGAGCCCAAACCCUGUGUGCCUGUGAGCAUAAAAAAGACGAGCAGGACUUCUGCCGAGGGCAAGCCCAAGCUCAGCCUCCAUGAAGAAGAGGGAUCCAGCGGCUCCGACGCAAAGGUCAAAAGUCCGGGUACAGCUCUUACGAGGAUGACUGCCUGCUGUUACAAGGACUUGAGAAACAGUGAGAGUGCUUCAAGCUCAGAGGAGGAGCCGAGGGUCACCACCCGUGUCAUUCGCCGGCGUGUGAUCAUAAAGGGAGAGGAAGCAAAACACAUUCCUGGUGAAUCUGUCACGGAAGAGCAGUUUACUGAUGAAGAAGGCAACCUCAUCACCAGAAAACAGGGAGAAGGUUGUAAGGUGAAAGCGAAGAAGGAGAUCCGGCACAUGGAAAAGAAAAGCCAUUCCUAACAGUGACGGACCGUGUGUCUUUACUGCCAGUAUUGACAAGUGGACAGAACAGGGAUCAGCAAGAACAUUUUCCAAGCAGGGGGUGUUCGUUUGUGCUUCCACACAAUGACGGGAUUUUUUUAUGCAAAAAGGAGAGAAAGAACAAGAAAACCACUCACGUUCUUAAUUUAGCAUGAGCCAAUUUUCAAAGCAUGGAAACUCACUUUUGUUUCCGGAUCAGCACCUGUGCAAGAGCCGCUCGGUGUUGCCUGGAGAAGGAGCCGUGCUUCUCAGAGUCCGUCUCAAGUGAUUUGCUGUCAUUUUCAAAAGGAAGAAAUUCCAGCCUCCAGGAGGGACACGGGAACAUAGAAUGAUCAAAUCAAGGAGAAAACACUAAAAUUACUAAAUCCACAACAGCUCGCCUUAUUUUUCUUGGACCCAAACUGUCAGGGUAUAAACACUAUUUGUUUCUUUUUUUAAGAAAAAUAAAACAUCAAUAGUUUUGCUGUAAAUAAUAACACUGUAUAAAUUCUAACAGAAAAAAAAUAGAAUAAAUGUUGAUAAGGCACUGCCUCUUAGAACACAGAUACGGCAAAUGCAUCUUCACAAUAGGCUCUCAGGACUUCGCCCUAGAAGAGGAGGGACGGGUUCUGGGGGGAGGGGCGGGAAACUCUUCACUGAUUCUUGUAUAUUAGCAAUUAUAAUGUUUGUACAUGCAAAACUGCUAGCUUGAUUUUAAAAAGAAAACACAAAUCUUUAAAAAAAAAAAAAAAAUCUGCUGCAAAUUUAAAUAAUUCCCUAAAUGGGGAAUUCUGUAGUUCUGUGAAAAAAACUUUUUUCUUCAGAAUACUAAUAUUUUGAUGCAUGCGCCUCACCUUAUUUUGAUUAAACCUUUUCCAAUUUUGCAAACACUACAGUAUCCUGCAACAGACGAUUUUAUCUGUAAACACAAAGCCCUUCAUCUAAAUAUUUGUUGCUAUUGCCAAUUUUUCAAUGAAAUGACCUAAACUGAAAAAAAAAAAAAAAAAAAAAAAAAAAAAAGCAUACAGUAGUUGCUUGGGGGUGGGGGGCUGUUAGUCGCUUCCAGGGGGAAAUGCUUACUGCUGUAGAGAGGGAUGGUGCUCACAAGAGGCCCCAGUCAUGGGUAUUUAAAAAUGGACUAAACAGAUCCUUAGCUAGUAGGAUACAGGCACGCUGUAAAAACUAUUACUGUAUUGUGUACCGGCUAUAAGAUGUAGACACCUUUGAGUAGCCAAUCGUUGUAACCACUGGAGCGGUGUCAUAUUAGGCUAAUAAGGCUGCUGUGUUUUAAAGGGCAUUUUUAUUUGGGUUCUGGUGAAAUUCUUUAAUUCGUUGAUUAUCUUCACAUGAAAUCAGCAUUGAUGGACACAUAGCUCUAAUGACAUAUGUAUGAAAAAAGCAGACACUGGAUGACCCUAGUCGAUUAUUUAAGCAUAAAAUAAAUUGUGUUCAACUCUUCACCUA